CGCACUUAUCGAAUGGCGUGAUUAUUCGAUAGCCUGUGAUAGAGAAAAUGUACGUCAUGUGAUUGAAUUUUUCGAACGGAGUAGUCACCUGUCGGCCGAGAAAAUACAAUUACGCCUGCAAUUCCGACAGUGAAGAAAUAGCAAGAUGGCGGCCCAAAUACGCACCGUGGUGUCCCAAACGUUCCUGUGGCUCUUCCUCGCCGUGGCCACCAUCCUGACCCUGUACUUCGUGAUGACGGGCAAGGGCGAGCGGGUGAGCGUGGGCUGGUUCCUGGCCUCAUCGAACCCGUACAUGUGGGCCUGCCUGGGCAUCGGGCUGUCCGUCUCGCUGUCCGUGGUGGGCGCCGCCCUUGGCAUCCACACGACGGGCACCAGCAUCGUGGGCGGCGGUGUGAAGGCGCCCCGCAUCAAGACCAAGAAUCUGAUCUCGGUCAUCUUCUGCGAGGCGGUGGCCAUCUAUGGUCUGAUCACCGCCAUCGUGCUCUCCGGCCAGCUGGAGCAGUUCUCGAUGGAGACGGCCCUGUCACAGGCCGCCAUCCAGAACACCAACUGGUUCUCCGGCUACCUCAUCUUCGGCGCCGGCCUGGCCGUCGGUUUGGUCAAUCUGUUCUGCGGCAUUGCCGUGGGCAUUGUCGGAUCGGGAGCCGCCCUCUCCGACGCCGCCAACGCCGCCCUGUUCGUCAAGAUUCUCAUUGUGGAGAUCUUCGGCUCGGCCAUUGGUCUGUUCGGCCUCAUCGUGGGCAUCUACAUGACCUCCAAGUCCAAGAUGGGCGACAAGGAGUAGGCGCCGUCGCCAGCCUUCCAGUCCUUCGCCACCGCAUCAUCACUACGAAGAACAACAACAACCAUCAGUCACCAAGGCAUUCCCCCAUCCCCAGCAGACACGCACAAUAUCAGUGUUUGCCUAUUUUUUGGAAAUUACAACUCGUUACAUGUAGUUA